AAAAGUAUUGUUAUGGUCUCUUUUAACCAUCAAUAAAUUUUAAUUUAUAUGUACUUAGAAUACUUGCCAAUUUCUUGACAUUUGUGUGAGCGCUUCCUAAUUUUUUCGCAGAAUCAUUUUGACAGAUGUUUUUCCGUGCUGCAUCAUAUUUUCUUCGCGGAACUCUUCGUUCUACAAAAUUGCAAUUUUAUCAAACUGCUGUGAUAAGGCAUUUUCGUUUUACAGUAUUAACUUGUUCAAGGUUGCCCGUUUUAAAUAUACAACUAUUAACUAUGCAGGAAAAAUAUACCUAUCCAAUUGCUCGUAAGGAUGAAACUGUUGUAGAUGACUUUCAUGGCACUCAAAUAAAAGACGAAUAUCGCUGGCUUGAAGAUCCAGAUUCAACGGAAACGCAAGCAUUUGUUAAUGCGCAAAAUGAAAUCAGUCAACCUUUUCUGGAAAACUGCGAGGAAUGGAAAAAAUUUAAUGAAAAACUUGUCAAAUUAUGGAACUAUCCAAAAUAUGGCUGCCCAAUGAAGUACGGCAAAUAUUACUACUUUUAUAAAAAUACUGGUUUGCAAAAUCAGAGUGUUCUAUACCAACAAGAUUCUCUAGAUAGCGAACCUAAAAUAUUCUUUGAUCCAAAUAAACUCUCCGAAGAUGGAACUAUUGCACUCUCGCAAAAAUCAUUUUCAGAAGAUGGCCAAUAUAUGGCAUAUGGUUUGAGUGAAAGUGGUUCGGACUGGAUAAAAAUUCGUAUACGCGAUGUAGAAACCGGCAAGGACUUCGAUGAAACUAUAGAAAAAGUGAAAUUUUCUAGAAUUUCUUGGACUAAAGAUGGAAAAGGCUUCUUUUAUGGGUGCUAUCCUGACCAAGAUGGCAAGACAGAUGGUUCUGAAACUAAGCAAAAUGAGAAUCAAAAACUUUUCUAUCACCGUGUAGGUACUCCACAAAAGAACGAUGUUCUAGUAGCUGAAUUCCCAGAAGAACCAUCUUGGCGUAUUGAAUCUGAAGUGUCGGAUUGUGGAAGGUAUCUUAUAAUGCCAAUUGUAAAAGACUGUCGCGACAAUAUUUUAUAUUAUGCUGAUUUAAAGGAAAUUGGUACAAUCCAAUCCAAAUUCAAAGUACAUAAAAUCAUCGACAAGUUCGAAUCAGAUUAUGAAUACAUAACUAAUAUUGGUUCUAAAGUGUAUCUACGCACCAAUAAAAACUCCCCCAACUAUCGUGUUAUAGUAAUAGAUUUCGAGAACCCUGCCGAAGAAAAAUGGGAAACUCUGAUCGCAGAACACGAAAAAGAUGUGCUAGACUGGGUAAAGUGUGUGGAUGAUGACAAAUUGCUCUUGUGCUAUAUACACGAUGUCAAGAGUACACUUCAAGUUAAUUGCAUAAAAUCUGGUGCGCUCAUCCGCAAUUUCGACUUGGAUAUUGGCACAAUUGUCGCUAUUUCGGGUAAAAAAAUAUACUCUGAAAUAUUUUAUAAUUUUUCGUCAUUCCUCAAUCCGGGGACAAUAUAUCAUUAUGAUUUCAAAACCCCAGAUAUUAAACCAAAAGUGUUUCGGGAAAUAAAACUAAAUCUAAAUAACUUUAAACAGGAAGACUAUAAAGUAGAACAAAUAUUCUUUACUAGUAAAGAUGGCACCAAAGUACCCAUGUUUAUUAUACGCAAGAAUACCGACAAAAUAUCACCACGCCCAUGUUUACUUUACGGGUACGGCGGUUUCAAUAUAAGCUUACAGCCUUCUUUCAGCAUAACUGGUCUUAUGUUUAUCGAUACUUUCAAUGGUGUGCUAGCGUAUCCAAACAUUAGAGGAGGUGGAGAAUAUGGUGAAAAGUGGCACAACGGAGGACGGCUUUUGAACAAGCAGAAUGUGUUCGAUGAUUUUCAAACUUCGGCGCAAUAUUUAAUUGACAAUAAUUAUACAACCAAAGAUCGUUUAGUAAUACAAGGAGGUUCCAAUGGUGGACUGUUGGUUGGAGCAUGUAUCAACCAACGCCCUGAUUUAUUUGGAGCUGCUGUUGCUCAAGUAGGUGUUAUGGAUAUGUUAAGGUUUCAUAAAUUUACCAUUGGUCAUGCCUGGUGUUCAGACUAUGGUAAUCCAAGUGAUAAGGAACAUUUCGAGAAUUUAUAUAAAUAUUCACCCAUGCAUAAUGUUCAUACACCAAAAUCGGAAAUCGAAGAAUAUCCUGCGUCGCUUAUUUUAACUGCUGAUCACGAUGAUCGUGUGAGUCCAUUGCAUUCUUUAAAAUUUGCAGCUUCACUGCAAGAUGCCGUUCGAAAUUCAGAGUUUCAGAAAAAGCCUUUACUGCUUCGUGUUUAUACUAAAGCAGGGCAUGGUGCAGGUAAACCAACUUCCAAACGCAUUGAGGAAGCUACUGAUAUUUUAACUUUCAUGUACAAAAGCUUAAAAAUCGAUGUCAUUAAUAUUUAAUUAAUUUAAACUGUAAAAUCAUUUCUAAAUUUUUUUAAAAAUUAUUA